AUGGCUACCGCAUCUGCAUCCAACGUUCUCCGCCUGCCCGGAGAGGGGCUCGCGACUGGCCUCGAGCAGCUGGAGUGGGCCGAAGUGCAGAAGCACAACACGCGCGAGAGCUCGUGGCUGGUGAUUAACGACCAGGUGUACGACAUCACCAACUUCGGCCGGCGCCAUCCCGGCGGCAAGGUUAUCUACCACUACGCGGGUCAAGAUGCCACAGACUCGUUUCGGGCUCUUCACCCCGAUUCCGCCCUGGUGAUGAAGUAUCUCAAGCCCCUCCUCAUCGGUCAAGUGGCACCCGGCUCAUCCACCGCAGCAUCGAUUGUUGAUGGCGCCCGACCGGCGCCCUCGGCAUUCGUGGAGGAAUUCAGACAGGUGCGCAAAGAAUUCGAGGAGCAGGGCCUGUUCGAGGCCAGCUGGUCCUUCUUCUUCGGGAUGCUGGCCCACAUCUUCCUGCUCGAGGCUGCCGCCUACUACAGCAUCAAGCUGCUGGGCAACAGUUGGCCCGUCUACCUCCUCGCCGUCGGCCUCCUCGCCACUGCCCAGGCACAGGCCGGCUGGCUCCAGCACGAUUGUGGGCACUUGUCCGUGUUCAGGAAGUCGAAGUGGAACCAUUGGAUGCACUACAUCGUCAUCUGCCACAUCAAGGGCGCCUCGCGAGCCUGGUGGAACUGGCGUCACUUUGAGCACCACGCAAAGCCCAACGUGGUGCGCAAGGACCCCGACAUCACCUUCCCCAACCUCUUCCUUCUCGGCGACCACCUGACGCGCAAGUGGGCCAAGGCCAAGAAGGGAGUGAUGCCCUACAACAAGCAGCACCUCUACUGGUGGGCUUUCCCCCCGCUCCUGCUGCCCGUCUACUUCCACUACGACAACAUUCGAUACGUCUUCCAGCACAAGCACUGGUGGGACCUCUUCUGGAUCGCCACGUUCUUCGCGAAGCACUUCACGCUCUACGGCCCGCUGAUGGGCGGCUGGGGCGCGUUCUGGUUCUACAUGCUGGUGCGCACGGUCGAGAGCCACUGGUUCACAUGGGUGACCCAGAUGAACCACAUCCCCAUGCACGUCGACAACGACCGCGAGCUGGACUGGCCCACCCUGCAGGGUCUCGCCACGUGCAACGUCGAGGGCAGCCUCUUCAACGACUGGUUCACGGGCCACCUCAACUACCAGAUCGAGCACCACCUCUUCCCCACCAUGCCCCGCCACAACUACGCGGUGGCCAACAAGAAGGUCCAGGCCCUCUACAAGAAGCACGGCGUGCCGAUGCAGACCAAGGGCCUCAUCGAAGCCUUCGCCGACAUCGUCAAGUCGCUCGAGCACUAUGGUGAGGUGUGGAAGGAGGCCUACUACGGCUAA